GCCAGUUGGGUCUGCCCACCAGGAGGAUGAAGCCUUUUCCUGCUGCCCUCUCCUUCCUCAUUCUUACAGCUGCUCUUAGAAUCCAGGCCGAGACCAUACACGCAACAGAGACAAAAGAAGUCCUGAAGGCAGAACAAGGACUUGAAGUUCAAAUGUUUAGCCUGGGCCUUCAAGAUUCUCCAGACUGUUGCUUAUCCUAUAACUCACGGAUCCAGUGUUCAAGAUUUAUAUAUUAUUUUCCAACCAGUGGUGGGUGCAUCAAGCCAGGCAUCAUCUUUGUCAGCAAGAAGGGGACCCAGUUCUGUGGCAACCCCAGUAAUCGGAGAGUUCAGAGGUGUAUGAAAAUCCUGGAGCAAAGCUCAUAACCACAGACCUAUAAACAAUGACAUUUGCUUGAAGAGAAGGAUGUGACCUGCCAGCCACUUUCUUUGCUCCUCCCCAAUGACCACCUAAGAGGCUCUAGGCAUUUAUUUUUAUAGGCAUAUAAACACUUAUUUUUCUGUUCCACUUUAAAGCAGUAUAUCUAGCCUUGUCACAGAGGGGAAACUUGUCCAUGCCAACCCCAGUGAUCUGAAAACUCAGAGGUGCCUGGAAGGUCUGAAGCUGACCUCAGUGACUACACACAGGCUGGAGAGAUGGCUCAGUGGUUAAGGGCAUCUGCUGCUCUUCCGGAGGACCUGGGUUCAAUUCCCACUCAGAUGGCAGCUCAAACUAUCUGCAAUUCCAAUUCCAGGGAAAACUGAUGCCCUAUUCUGGCCUUUGGUUAGUAGUAUUUACAGUAUUUCUUAUAAAUUCGGCUUGACAUGACCAUCUCGGGCUGUAACCAUCCUGAUUGCCUCAGAAUUACUCAAGUUCUACUUAGUUUCCCAGCAGAUUAUAAGUGGAUAAACUGUGAGAAUGGUCUGUGGGCUUUGGAAUGUGUCUGGUUCCGAUAGUCGCUUAUGGCAAGCUGGGUACAUUCUACUAGGAUGAAAUUGACUCUGCCUUAGCCCAUUAAUAUGCCUAUCUUUGUGAAGACCCAGUUGAUCUUCCCACCGCCCCUCCAUCAGUAAGCCACUAAUAAAGUGCAUCCAUGCAGC